AUGUAUGGCCUUAAUUCGACGUUUGACUACGCAGACAAGGCGUUGAUGUCACCGGAGAAUCUGAUAAUACCGGCGGAGUACCAUCAGCAAUACUAUAGCCUUAUUUCUUCUUCAGUAGAUCAUCAGCAUCAUCUUACAGAAGUGUUUGGAUCCGAGGAUUUUGGUGGAAGUGGAUUCCAGGGUUCUGUGGUAUCAGAUGUGGCGUCUGUUAAUAUUCAAAGGGAAACAUGUCCUGGAGAUGAUCACGAUGAACAUGGUUUGAGCUUGAUCAAGGCUAAAAUUGCUUCUCAUCCUUCAUACCCGAAGUUGCUUGAUGCUUAUAUUGAUUGCCAAAAGGUUGGAGCACCCAAAGAAAUAGCAUGUCUGCUGGACGAAAUCAGGCGAGAAAACGACUUAUGUAAUAGAAGCGGAGCUUCUACAUGCCUUGGAAUCGAUCCUGAGCUCGACGAAUUUAUGGAAACCUACUAUGAAAUAUUGGUUAAGUACAAGUCGGAUCUAUCAAGGCCUUUCGAUGAAGCAACUUCAUUCCUCAACAAGAUUGAAACGCAACUGGGCAAUCUUUGCAGAGAUGAUGGUGGUUUAUCCUCGGACGAGGAGUUUAGUGGGGGAGAAAUAGAAACACAGGCGAAAAGUGAAGACCGGGAGCUUAAGGAUAGGCUCUUACAAAGGUAUGGUGAUCACAUAAGUAGCCUAAAGCUAGAAUUUUCAAAGAAGAAGAAGAAAGGAAAGCUACCUAAAGAGGCAAGGCAAACAUUACUUGAAUGGUGGAAGUUUCAUUAUAAAUGGCCCUAUCCAACCGAAGCAGAUAAAAUUUCACUGGCGGAAUCUACGGGUUUAGACCAGAAGCAAAUCAACAACUGGUUUAUAAAUCAAAGGAAGAGGCACUGGAAGCCUUCAGAAAACAUGCAUUUGGCUGUAAUGAACAAUCUUUCUGGGCAUUUCUUUACUGAAGAUUGA